AUGAAACGGGGUUCAAUAAUUGGAAAUCUUUCAACAAUUGCCAAUUGUUUGAUCCACACAAAAGGUAAAUUCAAAGGGAAAAACUUCAUUAAGCAUUCCAAAUGUUUAUCUCCAUUAAGCAUGAAAAACAUCGAAUUAAUGGUUGAAGAAAAAAAUGCACAACAUGCUAGAAACUUCAAAAAAUAA